AUGUCCUCCACCACUUCCCUCUGGUGGCCUCCUGAUCGCGUCCAAGCCACCCUGACCCCCGAAUACAUUGUCAGCCAGUUACCUCCCAGCUGUUUGCCCCAUCUAGUCACCCCGCUGCCCUGGGGCGAGGGUUUGACCAAUGAGUCUUAUCUCGACUGGAUUGUCACUAAAGCUGGACGAUUGUUUCUUAUACUCGCCGAUAUUGGUAUCCCGGAACGGAUAUUUGCUCUCGUCGAUGCUUCUGUGGAUGAUGUCGACUUGCCAUUUGCCGCGCAUAGCAUUGACCUGCUUCACCUCUCUCCGGACGGUAAUAACCCGGCCCUAGAUGCGAAGUUCUUCCAUGCUCAAUGGCGCUUUACCGUGCGGGGGAUUGCGGAAGGUGAAUAUGUCAAGUUCACAGCAAACGAAGGUGUACCCAUUGAGGUACAGCGGACAGACAGCACGUUAGCCAAGGAGGGCGUAGAAAAGGUCAUACUGGCUGGUGCCAUCUGUCGAGUUUACCUCCGCACGCAAGUCACAAUUGGGGCCGCGCCGCAUUUCUUCGAAGAGGAAGAGGUAUUGGAGGAGAUUCGCUCGCUGAGACGACUGGCUCAUGACCAUGUCUUCUCCACCUAUGCAUCAUACUAUAGCGCGAUCGACAAAACCGUCUGUAUCCUUUUCAACGGACACUAUGAACGCACGCUCCUAUCCUUCCUCACAGACCCACCACCUAGCUUCAAACGCCUUGAAAAAGCCCGUCGUCGCCAUACCCUCGUCAACUGGCCGCAUUGUCUAGCCAAUGGCCUGGCAUGGCUACAUGCGCAUGGCCAUCCACACCGUGGCAUCCGGCCGUCAAACAUCCUCAUCGACGCUGGCUUCCGCAUUUUCCUCGGUCAAUUCGAAGAAUUGGACACCCUCCUCCCCCCACUAAAAGUCGACGACGUCGAGGCAUACCAAUAUGGUGCACCAGAACGCUGGCAACGCUCCGCUGCAGUCCAAGAUACUCAACCCCAUCAAUCCCUCCUCCUCCCAUCCGGCGGCCGCACAGCACGCAGGCCAUCCACAAAAUCCGCAACACUAAACCUCCCCAAAAUUAGGGCUCCACCUAAGCCUGACACCACAACCGCCAGAUCCGACUCAGUGGGAUCCCAAGACACCGCCAUCCGAAUUACUUCACCCCGGGCCCGAUUCUCCUUUGCCCUCUCAACAUCAUCGACCUCCUCUGCCUCCAGCGACGGCAGCAACAAUAACACCAACUCCCACAAACGAAUUCUCCCAUCUAUCAGACAAAGACCAAUCUUCUAUACCCCCUCCAUCGCCUCAUCAUCCUCUUCCUCCGGCGCCUCCACCCGUCCUCUCUCCACAAUCACCACAACAACCACCACAGACCAAUCCCUAAAUAAUACCAACAACCACACAAUAAUUAAAACUUGGCAUGCAGCCACAGCCACAGCAACCGCCUCAGAUAUCUUCUCUCUCGCCGCUAUAACCCUCGACAUCCUCACAGUCCUCUGCAAACGCAAACUCUCCUCUUUCACGCACCAUCGCGGCGCUAAAAACCGCACCGCGGGGCGUGGUGGCGGCAUCGCGGAUUCAUCUUUCCAUCUCGAUAGGAACGCAGAACAAGUAUUCUCAUGGGUAUCCCUGCUAGAGAAAGAUGCGGAGAAGAAGCGCAAAUCCGACUUCGCGGUCUUCGGGGUCGGAGUUCUGGGGAUGUUGAAGGUUUCUCGAGGAAUGCUAAGCAGGGAUCCUGCUGGGAGGCCUUCGGCGAGGGAGGUUGAGGGAAUGUUCGGAGAGUUGAUAAAGAGGGCGGGAAUUGAGGUGCAUUGCCAGCCUCCUGCACCAGAUAAAGUUUCACGGGCCCAGCGUGUGCCUAAAUGGGAGGAGAAGGUCGAUGCUUAUGCUGCUCCUGAAUCAUCUUCUGCUGAUACCAGCGGCAGAGAUAGUCCGUCUCCGCCGGAUUCGAUGCUUGAGUUUGUUACCACUGGUUUUGAGGAUGAAUAUAUUCACAGCAGUGACUCUGAAUGA